AUUCUGAGAGAUGUAACACGUAGCUAAGCAACACAUUUCAGUCAUACAUCAUUUGCAAAAUUCACAGUCAUCAGUUCGACCAUUCUCAUCUCUAAAUUUCAGUGAUCAUUUAAAAUGAACGAGUGUCCAGACGCGCCGUAUCUAGCAGAGUUAGAUGACCUCGAUGUUGACGAGUUAGAAAGGGCGCUCGCCGAAGUCAAUAACGAACGAUCAUUUCAAUCUGAUGAAUCGUUAUCCGAAUUUGUGUCGCCUGACAGGCUGGCAGAAUGUCAACCCAACAGGCCACGAAGAGGACCCCCGGCGUUUUCCCCCGACUCAACGUUCGCCGGAUCGGAGUACUCCCAAUACUCCGGGGACGAGUCGUUCUUAUCGCAGUGCCCACCGCAAGUCGUACAGCAGCGUUCCCCAAGACCGGGACCGUCGUCCGCACCGUCGGGCUCACCAAGACCGGGUCCGUCGACCGCACCGUCCCGUUCACCGAGACCGGGCACGUCGACCGCCCCGUCCGGUUCGCCGAGGCCGGGUCAGACCCCCGUACCGUACGGUCCACCGGGAGCGGAUGAGUGUGCUGCGCCACCGUCGUGGCCGCCGAAGCUGAGGCCGGGCAUGCCCGGUGGUCUGUCCUGGCUUCCGAAGGACGGGGGACCGCUGGAGCCGGAGGCCAUUCUAAAAUUGCACAAACAGUUUCCGGGCGGUUUUCCCGGACUGUCGACGGGACCGCCGAUUUGGCGUACACCACCGAAAGUGAUCGACAAGCCCAUCGAGCCCGAACUGAUAACGUUGGACGAUCUUUGCAAGGAAUUCGGAUUGACGCCCAAAGACUUCAAGGUGCCGUCGAAGACGAGUAUGAGGAUAAAGAAGAUGUUCAAGAGAAUGACACCGACUUGUAUGAAAGGGAUGAAGAGCCCUCCAGAUACAACAGCCAGAACCAACUUAAUGAAUUUAUUCGACGAAGAUUCAGAUCCAACAUUUUAUCAGACGGCGUACGAGGGCACCUACCUCAAUACGGAUGUAACACCACCUUUCAAUCCCAGUAGUCCCGCAAGUGUCAUGAGAAGUGCACCAAAUACUGGAUCCCCCAUGGCAGAUGUUUGUAUUCCUCAGGCUCAAAAUAUGAAUACACCAAGUUACAAUACUCCCGUCGGAAAUGUUUAUGGUCCUAACAGCAUGAUGAACACCCAAUUCACCACCAGCACUCCAGCUCCUAGAAGUUGUCCAAUCCAGAGAUGCUGUCCAUGUCCUCAGGCUAGAAGUUAUGACGGUUGCGGUUUUUAGAGGGCGGCCUCCGACACAAAAGUUUAUAGGAGUAGGCGAAGAAGUAAGUUAAUCAAAAUCAAUCGAAUGUUCUUUUGGAGGCGAUGCAGAAAAAUUUGGAACUAACCGGUGCAAAUACGGCGGCGGACACGGUUCAUUUUAAUAAAUCAUUUAUUAAAAAAUU